AUGUCAGCCCAGAAAGAUAGCUCAGGUCCAGACUGGCCAUGCUCAUCGACCUCGUCGGAUAACGAAAAAGACAAUGAUACCGACAUCUCACAACCCGAAAGCGAAUCCACUCCAACACCGCCGGCAGUCGAGUUUGAUAACCCCAAAGGAUGGAUAGCUGUGGCAGCCGCAGCAUGUUCUCUUUUCGUUUACCUCGGGGUGAUCUACUCAUGGGGCAUUAUGCAAGUCAGACUUGUCGAAGUGACAGGAACAAACCUCACAACCUUGACGUUCGUGGGAUCGCUUGCAACAUCCUUCAUGAUAUCACUUAGUAUCCUCUCUGGCAUUGCCGUUCGAAAGCUUGGCUACCAGAAGACUGCUCUAGCUGGUGGUAUCUUGAUGGGUCUGGGUGAAUUCCUAGCAAGUUGGACGACGAAGCAUGUUGGAGCUCUCUUUGUCUUCCACGGAGUAAUAUUUGGUAUUGGAGGGGGACUGUCCAUAUUUGCAUGCUCGACUGCUCCCCUGAGGUGGUUCAAGAGACACCGUGGCCUGGCCAUGGGUAUCGUGUUUGGAGGAGGUAGCCUUGGUGCAGCUGUCAUGAGCAUUGCGACGAACCUUCUCGUGAAGCGAGUCGAUGUCGCUUGGACAUUUCGCAUUCUAGGCUUCAUGCUCUGGGGAGUCUGUAUCCCAGCUUCAUACUUCAUUCAACAGCCUGAGGGAUCCAUGAGUGCUGGCUUGAAGCUGCAAUGGCAUCGCUUCCGGGAACCUCGGUUCCUCCUUAUAAUCGCCGGGACAGCUUUAUCAUGCUUUCCCUUAUUUAUUCCCCCAUACUUCAUUCCCAUCUUCGCUCGAUCCAUGGGCUACUCCAAUCAGAUUGCGACUGUCAUACUGGCAGCUUGGAACUUGGCUUCGACCGUUGGCCGGGUCCUCGGGGGCUAUACCGCAGACCACUUGCUCGGCCCUUUGAACAGCUUGAUUGUUUGUCUUUUGUUUAUUGGUCUCAGCUCACUCGUCGUGUGGCCAUUAGCAUCUUCGGUUGGGAUCUUCUCUAUCUUCCUCGUCUUCAACGGCAUUGGCUGUGGAGCGUUCUUCAGUCUGGUUCCUCCCAUGCUCGGCGCUACAAUGGGACCAGAGAAUACACUUGGCAUUUUGCCUAUUGUUUGGACUACUUGGUUCUGCGGAUUCUUCUUCGGCACACCUAUUGCUUCGGGAAUCUACUCGCUUGCCGGGGAUAACAAUGACAGUCUUUCGGUGUUCAGGCCUGCUGCUUAUUAUGCUGGCGGUAUGUCGAUUAUGGGUCUUUUAUUUAUUGUCUAUAUUCGUUUCAGUCUACAGAGACGGAUCCUGGCUUGCAUAUAG